AUGCCGCUAGUGCCGCAGGACGUAAGAGGAGUGAGUACCCGUUCAAUGUCAGAAGCGCAGCGUGUGAGGGAAGAGGGUGCUGCAGCUCGAACCAGCGAUGCAGAAGCCAAGCCUGUGCAGGUGGAUCUUCUGCUACAGCUGCAGCAAAUGAUGGCAGAGCAAGCGCGCCGCCAAGAAGAGCAAGCGCGCCGCCAAGAAGAGCAAGCGCGCCGCCAAGAAGAGCAAGCGCGCUGUCAGGCAGAACAGCUGCGGGAGCUUAAAGAAGAGCAAGCGCGCCGCCAAGAAGAGCAAGCGCGCCGCCAAGAAGAGCAAGCACGCUGUCAGGCAGAACAGCUUCGGGAGCUGAAAGAAGAUCAAGCUCGUCGCCAAGAGGAUCAAGCUCGCCGCCAAGAGGAGCAAGCGCGUCGCUUGGAAGAGAUGCAUAAGGAUUUCACGAAGGGACUGCAAAAGGCUGUCGAACGGGUACAAGAAGUGGAGGAAGGGUUAGGCAAGUUGGAACAUCGCGUCAAGGCGAUAGAGGAGAGAGUGGAAGAAGAGAUCUCCAAAAUCAAGCAGGAAGUGACAAGCCUAAGCCCUUUGAAGAGCCGAAGCCGUCUUGCAGCCGUUUUUGAAGCCCCGAAUGCGGCUUCAAGUGCAACGAAAGGGCUUAAGAUUCCCCAUUACGACGGAACAACAUCCUGGACCGCGUUCAAGCUACAGUUUGAGACACUUAUGGAGGCUUAUGGUUGGACUCAGAAGGAAGCACAGUCAGCCCUUAUCCUGGCCCUCCGUGAUCAAGCGCUCUCAGUGCUGGAAGCUAUCGGCGCAAGUGGGGAUCUCAGCUUUAGUGCCCUCCUCGACGCACUUGAGGCACGUUUUGGAGACAGCCACCUCGAGCACGUGUACAGAGCGCAAUUAAAAGAGCGUACUCAGCGUGCUAAUGAGGGCCUACAGCAAUGGUCCGUGGAAAUCGAGAAACUUGUGCGUCGAGCUUUCCGGUCGACUCCGUCAAUGAUUGAAGGCACGCUUCUCCAAGCGUUCAUUGACGGUAUUCGGGACCCCGAAGUACGAGCCGCUGUUCAUCUGGGCCAUCACAAAAACAUGAAAGAAGCUCUGGCCCAUGCAUUGGAAGUGGAAGCCGUGCGUGGUAACUCCCGUACCUUACGUCUGCGGGAAAUGACGACAACGGAGCAGGUACCUCCACGCCGUCGGAACUUCAUGUGCUAUGGAUGUGGAGAGCGUGGGCACAUACGGAGCGACUGCCCGAAGAAGAGGAACCGCCAGGACGCGGCGGUCUCAACUUCUGACCAGCAGGGAAACUUAAAUCCAGCCAGGGCUGCGGGGUGGGCGCUGGCUGGUAGUGGAACAACCCCAACAAUCUACAUCAAGCAAACCAACGAUGGAAAUACUCUGGUGAUAGACGGUCAAAUUUGCGGCAAAUCGUUCAACUCUCGCGACAACCGAAACACGCACCGCUUCGUGCACAGCGACAAGAAACCUUACGAGUGCGUCGCCUGCGGGGCUGGGUACAUGAGGAAACAACUGCUCUACGCCCAUAUGAAUACCAGCGGUCACCUGGCGGAGUCCAUCGUUGUCAAUCAACCUAGAGUCAUCAAAGUUACCGAAAAUGGAACUAGUUCGCAUGCUACGGAUAUAACUGACCUAGACACAAAAACCAGUAAAUUUGAUGCGAUAUUCGAGGCACACACUGAAUUGGAGGCUAGCAUCAAGUCCGUGAAAUCAGAAGCGGACGUGAAUUUAGAAGAUGCCAAAUUCUAUAUUACUGAAGAUAAGAAAUUAAUAUUGCAGGAUAGUGAUAAAACGACAUUGAAUUUAAUACAGGAAGGAGACGAGUCUACGCUUUUAACUAUACACAACAUAGGAGAGAGGGCCGACGCGACAAUUUUAGAAGCUGUCAAUGCUGACCAAUUGUCUGAACAGACUGAAAUCGUAGCUAAUGAUGAGAAUGGAGGCAUGGUGCGACUGAUCCAAAUCAAAUUACCUGACGGUAACAACGGAUGGGUGGCAUCAAUCGCUGAAACAUUUCUGCCGGGCUAA